UUAGUCUCCCAUUGGAUAUCCUCCUGCCAUUUCCCUUCAGCUUCCUCGUUUGUCCUCAGAAGAAUCUAAGGAUUCACACAACACUUCCGCCUCUCCAGUCUCUCUGGAAAGAAGAGAAAACAGAUAUGGCUUUUUCCUUCUCAAUCUUUCUCUACCUCUGUCUCGUCGUCACCGUCAUCGUCCCCCUUACGCUUUCAUCGGAGCGUCCCGAGACCUUCAUCGUCCACGUGUCGAAAUCACAGAAACCCUCGCUAUUCACCUCCCACCACCACUGGUACGCCUCCAUCCUCCGAUCCCUCCCUCCCUCCCCUCACGGCACCGCCACCAAGAAGAUCCUCUACUCCUACGACCGCGCCGUCAAUGGUUUUUCGGUCCGCCUCACGCCGACUCAAGCGGUCCAGCUGGGCCGCGUGCCUGGCGUUCUCUCCGUCAUACCCGAUCAAGCGCGUCAGCUCCACACGACUCGCACGCCUCAUUUCCUAGGCCUGGCCGACAAUUCCGGUAUCUGGCCGAACUCGGAGUAUGCAGAGGACGUCAUAAUCGGAGUUCUCGACACCGGAAUAUGGCCGGAACGCCUGAGUUUCUCAGACACGGGCCUGUCCUCCGUGCCGACCGGCUGGAAAGGCGUCUGCGAGACAGGGCACGACUUCCCAGCCUCCGCUUGUAACCGAAAGAUCAUCGGCGCGAGAGCUUUUCACAAAGGAUACGAAUCUUUCUUGGAGAGACCCAUGGAUGAGUCGGUGGAAUCGAAGUCUCCGAGAGACACCGAAGGCCAUGGCACUCACACGGCGUCGACGGCCGCGGGAUCUGCGGUCUCUAAUGCUAGCUUCUAUGAAAUUUACGCUCACGGUGAAGCCAGAGGCAUGGCCACCAAAGCCCGAAUAGCCGCCUACAAGAUCUGCUGGACUACGGGCUGUUACGAUUCCGAUAUACUCGCCGCCAUGGACCAAGCCAUCGCCGAUGGGGUUCACGUAAUCUCUCUUUCCGUGGGAGCAACCGGUUGGGCUCCUCCGUACGAUCUCGACUCAAUAGCGAUCGGGUCGUUCGGUGCAGCGCAGCAUGGGGUUCUCGUUUCGUGCUCAGCAGGAAACUCUGGCCCUGGCCCAUAUACGGCCGUGAACAUUGCUCCUUGGAUUCUGACAGUCGGUGCUUCUACCAUCGACCGAGAGUUUCCGGCCGAUGUGGUUCUCGGCGAUGGCAGAGUUUUCGGCGGCGUGUCGCUGUACUCAGGUGACCCUCUUGUUGAUUUCAAGCUUCCAUUGAUCUAUGCCGGCGACUGUGGAAGUAGGUAUUGCUAUAUGGGGAGGCUUGAAUCUUCGAAAGUCACCGGAAAAAUCGUCGUGUGCGAUCGCGGGGGAAACGCGAGGGUUGAGAAAGGAAGCGCGGUGAAGCUCGCCGGUGGUCUCGGAAUGAUUCUCUCUAAUACCGCCGACAGCGGCGAAGAGCUCAUAGCUGAUUCGCAUCUUGUACCGGCGACUAUGGUGGGUCAGAUUGCCGGUGAUCAGAUAAAGGAUUACAUGAGAUUGGGCCAAUUCCCAACUGCUACGAUUGUGUUCCGCGGAACGGUGGUUGGGACUGCACCCUCGGCUCCGAAGGUUGCAGCCUUUUCGAGCCGCGGUCCGAACCAUCUGACAGCGGAGAUUCUCAAGCCCGAUGUUAUAGCUCCGGGAGUUAACAUUUUGGCUGGCUGGACUGGCUUCACAGGUCCAACCGACUUGGACAUUGACCCCAGGCGCGUGGAGUUCAAUAUAAUUUCGGGUACUUCCAUGUCUUGCCCUCAUGUUAGCGGCAUCGCCGCCUUGCUUCGUCAGGCUUUUCCGAGCUGGUCAACCGCUGCGAUCAAAUCGGCGAUAAUGACCACGGCUUAUAAUGUGGACAAUUCGGGGAAAAACAUCGGAGAUCUUGCUACCGGGAAAGAAUCAACGCCGUUCAUUCACGGGGCGGGUCAUGUUGAUCCGAACGGAGCUCUUAAUCCUGGGUUGGUGUACGACACGAAUGUGGACGACUAUGUUGCAUUCCUUUGUGGCAUUGGGUAUGAUCCCAAGCGCCUUGCAGUUUUCGUGGGGGAGAAGAUUGGAUCGGAUAUAUGCGCAAGAAAAUUAGCCACUCCAGGCGAUUUGAAUUACCCAUCAUUCUCGGUGGUUUUCAACCCCGACCAAAAUUUGGUAAAGUACAAGAGAGCUGUAACAAACGUUGGAAGUUCGGUUGAUGCGGUUUAUGAGGUGAAAGUGAAUGCUCCUGCGGGUGUCGAAAUCAGUGUUUCGCCGAGUAAACUAGUGUUCGACGCAGAAAAUCCGACCCAAACAUAUGAGAUUAAAUUCGCCGCCGCCGGCGGUGGUGUUGAUGCAUUUGGGUCAAUUGAGUGGAGCGAUGGAACUCACAUUGUGAGGAGCCCGAUUGCUGUGAGGUGGACCAGUGGGUUCGCAGCUUCCAUGUGAGAUGGAUUGGAGGUUUUGGGUGUGUGGGCGCUUGUUUAGCCAUAAUUCCUGCUCAUGCUCUUUGUUUUCUAUUAUAUUUGUAAAAUUUAUCAGCCUCAUGUACAUAAACAAAAUGGAAGAUUCUUGGCUUGCCUUUCAUUUUA